UUGGUCUCUAUCUUUGUCUUUCUCUUUCUCUUUUCGGUCUUUCGCGUGUCCCAACGUUGCAAAGAUGCCAUCCAUCACAGUCAAGGACGUUGAUCAACAAUUAUUCGUGAAGGCUUUUGCUGCCUUCUUGAAAAAAACUGGUAAAUUGCCAGUACCAGAAUGGGCUGAUAUUGUCAAAACAGCUCGUUUCAAGGAAUUGGCACCAUAUGAUCAAGAUUGGUAUACCAUUCGUUGUGCUGCAGUUGUCAGACAUAUUUACAUGCGUAGUCCAAUUGGUGUUGGUGCAGUUACAAAAAUUUUUGGUGGUCGUAAACGUAAUGGUACACAACCAAGUCAUUUUUGUAGAUCAUCUGGUGGUAUUGCUCGUAGAGCAUUACAAAGUCUUGAAGCUUUGAAACUCAUUGAAAAAGAUCCACGUGGUGGACGUGUUCUUACUGCAGCUGGACGUCGUGAUCUUGAUCGUAUUGCUGCUCAAAUUAAAGCCAAAAGCAACAGUCAAAUGAAAAUGCAAGAAACUCUUGUUCUUUAAAUUAAAUUAAAAAAAAAAAUCUACAUAGUUUUUGUUUUUUAAUUAUUAAUUUAAGAAAAUAAAAAAAGGCUAAAAAAAAAUAAUAAACAA